AUGACUUCCACAUCUGUUCCAAAUAAUGCUCCAGUUGUUGAGACCGAGGUUCUGAUCGUGGGGUCUGGCCCAGUUGGUGCCACCUAUGGUCGAAAGCUGGUCGAUGCUGGCAUCCAGGUUCUCAUGGUUGAGUUGGGAGCUCAAGAGACCCCCAUUCCUGGAGACCACAAGAAGAACAACUUUGUCGUGCAAAAAGACAUUAAUAGUUUCAUCAACGUGGUGCAAGGCGAACUCAAUCUUCUUUCCGUCCCUACAGACCCGCGCGCGGCUCCGUCUCUGAAUUUGGAUCCAUCUGCGUGGUCCAUCGAUGCCAGUACCGCUACCAUACACAAUGGUCAGAACCCGUGUCAAGACAGCUACUACAACCUACCAGCCGCUGCUGCCACGCGUGUUGUCGGUGGCAUGGGUUCCCACUGGACAAAUUGUACACCACGACAGCAUCCAAAACUAGAGCGGUCGGAUCUUUUCAAUGACAGCGAGUGGGAUGCUCUGUACGGGGAAGCCGAGGAGCGCAUCAAGACCAACAGCACCCUCUACAACGACUCCAUUCGUCAGCAGCUGGUCCUAGAUACCUUGCGCAAAGGACAUUACCACCAUGGCGAUCGCGAAUUCAAGCCCAUGCCCUUGGCAGCACAAAAGCUGCCAGAUCAGACCUACUUUGAGUGGUCUUGCUCCGCAACUCUCUUUGGGGAUAUCGCCAAGACUGCCGACAAUCCUGGUGCCAAGAACUUUACCCUUAGGUCGCAAGUUCAAUGUAUCCAAUUGAUUACGAGCCAUGACACAAGUCCUGACGGCGUUGUUCUUGGUGCCCUAUGCAAGGAUCUCAAGACCGACAAAAAGUUUCUGAUCAGAGCUAGAAAGUAUGUGCUUUGUGCUGGAGCUGUGCUGACACCUGGCAUCAUGUUCAACUCGGGCUGGAACUCAUCACCUGAACAGCUACCAGCAUUGGGAAAAUAUCUCACCGAGCAGACCAUGGCAUUCUGUCAAAUUGUCCUCUCGCGUAGUCUCGUGGACGAGGUCGAACACAGCACCAAUCCGGACUGGGCCAAAAAAGUAAACGAACAUCAUAAAAAGCAUCCCCACGACCCUUUGCCUUUCCCCUUCACCGACUUGGACCCGCAAGUCUACACGCCCGUUUCCGAGAACUACCCUUGGCACACACAGAUCCACCGCGACGCCUUUUCAUAUGGUCAGGUACCCUCCACCAUUGACCAGCGUCUUGUUGUAGACCUUCGCUGGUUCGGCUGGAUUGCGCCCGUCGAGAGCAACCAUGUGUCAUUUUCCAAAGCCAUCACCGACCAGUUUGGCAUGCCGCAGCCCACGUUCCACUACGAGGUCCCCAAGGAAGAUGCAGAGCGCACCCACCGGAUGAUGGAGGACAUGUGUCUCGUGGCUUCCAAGCUGGGCGGCUUCCUCCCCGGCGCCGAGCCCAAGUUCCUUGUUCCCGGGAGCGCUCUACAUAUUAGCGGCACCACGCGGGCGGGCACGAGCAAAAAGGACAGUGUCUGCGAUCGAUAUGGGCGCGUUUGGGACACGAAGAAUCUCGUGGUGGGCGGAUGCAAUGUCAUUCCAACGGGUGCGGCUUGCAACCCCACGCUCACGGCUGUUUGCUUUGCCAUUGCUGGGGCGGAUAAGAUUAUCGAGGAAUUUCAAACCAAGGCUGAUAUCAAUCGGGCAUAA